AUGCCAAACACGAAUGACGCGAGACUUACCCAUGACGACUAUACCGUAGCAUGGAUUUGCCCGCUGGAGGUCGAGCAGAUCGCCGCUAUCAGAAUGUUGGACAGUGAGCAUGAGCGCCUGCCACAACCACCUAAUGACCACAACGUCUACACGCUCGGCAGCAUCAAUGGACAUAACGUCGUCAUCGCUGGCCUCCACUCCCCUGGCAACAACCCUGCGGCCGUAGUUGUGACGCAAAUGAGAAAUACUUUCCAACAGCUAAGAUUUGGUGUUCUUGUUGGCAUAGGCGGUGGCGUUCCAACAAGCACUGAACGGGGAGACAUCCAUCUCGGUCAUGUAGUGGUAAGCAAACCCGUGGGCGAGCAUUCAGGUGUGGUGCAAUAUGAUCACGGGAAGGCCGAAGUCGGCCAGUUUCGGCACACUGGCUACCUAGCUCCCCCACCAACUGUAUUGCUCAACGCUGCUCAGGAAAUGGAUGUAAGGCGGGCAAUGACGCGGGAAGAUCCGCUUCUCAACCAUAUGGCACGGAUCGACACGGCUGUUCCGGGCCUCCGGAGAUAUAAGUAUCCCGGAGCCGACAAGGACCACCUUUAUCGAGCGGAAUAUGUGCAUCCCGAUCCGAACAUUGCCUGCCGGAAGUGUGGAUGCGAUUCGAGCCAGAUUAUGGAUCGUCGGGCUGAAGACAGCGAUGAUGACGAUGAUGUGUAUGGUCAAGGUCAGCAACUAGUGGUACACAGGGGAACGAUUGCCGCCGGGGAGCUGGUAAUCAAACAUGGGGUGCUGAGAGAUGAACUAGCGAGACAAUAUAGCAUCCUCUGUUUUGAAAUGGAGGCCGCUGGGGCUUUAGCUGACUUCCCUUGCCUUGUUAUCCGGGGCAUCUCGGACUAUUCAGACUCGCAUAAGAAUGACCGGUGGCAGGGUUACGCUGCAGCUGCUGCAGCAGCCUAUGCUAGGGAGCUUUUUUUUCACAUGCCUAUAGAUGAAGUCAAGAAAUGCAAGAUAGCUGAGCGCGAUGUGAAACAAAUGAUCACCCAAGUUGAAGGCCUCGCUCAAGACAAUCAAUCCCGCAAAAUAUAUGACUGGCUGAAACCCCCUGAUCCCUCAACCAACCUGAACGAAGCGCAAAAGAAGCGACAUGAAGGAACGGGUUCCUGGUUCCUUGAGAGCGAGCCAUUUAAAGAGUGGAAGUCUGAGACACGUCGAUAUCUCUGGCUACAUGGGAUUCCAGGGUGUGGGAAGACUGUUCUCAGCGCAAUAAUUAUCGAGCAUCUUAAUCAGCAACUCGAUUCUUCUCAUGUUGUCCUUCAUUUCUUCUUCGAUUUUACCGAUACCAAUAAACAGUCACUCAACAAGCUUGUCCGCUCACUUGUUGCACAACUGUAUUGGAGAUGUGAGAAUUCUCAAAAGGAGCUCGACAAGCUGUUUUCGUCCUGUGAAUAUGGUCGUCAACAGCCAACGCACGAAUCCCUCCUCGACACAUUCCAACAUAUGGUGAACCACGUCGAAAAGAUCCAAAUCGUCAUAGACGCUCUGGAUGAAUGUAAAACAAGGAGAGAUUUACUCUUGUGGAUGGAAAGGCUUGCAAGCUCUGGACAUCCAGGGCUUAACCUCCUCGCCACUAGUCGGAGAGAAGAAGAUAUCGAAUCAGAAUUAAAACGCUGGAUGCAUCGAGGGAACUUCCUUUCUAUUCAGCAAGACCCUGUGAAUCAUGAUAUUCGCGCAUAUGUCCAUGAGCGACUUCGAAAUAAUAAUGGUGGUUUUAAGAGGUGGCACUCGGAACAAUCAGUGCAAGACGAAAUCGAGACUGAACUUAUGAAGAAAGCUGAUGGGAUGUUUAGGUGGGCUGCAUGCCAACUUGAUAUUCUGCAAAAGUGUCUGGAUCUUCGAAUGCUUCGGGACUCGCUUAGAUCUCUACCCAAGACACUAGAGGAAACCAUCUUGAACUUCUUCCUCCAGCAAAGACAAGCGUACGCAGUUUGGGGGAAUCUUUUUGACCCAGAUUGGCCUGGGCAUGAAGAAACGAGCCAAUAUAGAGAGAUGGCAACUCCAUUGUACUACGCGUCCUUAGCAGGUCUCCGAUGUAUCGUGGAACUGCUGCUAGAGAAAGGCGCCGAUGUCAACGCGCAGGGCGGGCUGUACGGGAACCCUCUCCAGGCUGCCUGUGGUCGAGGCGACAAGGAGGUCGUGCAGCUGCUGCUAGAGAAAGGUGCUGAUGUUAAUGCGCAGGGGGGGGAGUACGGCAACGCUCUCCAGGCUGCCUGUGUAGAAGGCGACAAGGAGGUCGUGCAGCUGCUGCUAGAAAAAGGCGCUGAGGUCAACGCGCAGGGCGGGCAGUACGGGAACCCUCUCCAGGCUGCCUGUGGUCGAGGCGACAAGGAGGUCGUGCAGCUGCUGCUAGAGAAAGGUGCUGAUGUUAAUGCGCAGGGGGGGGAGUACGGCAACGCUCUCCGUGCUGCCUGUGUAGAAGGCCACAAGGAGGUCGUGCAGCUGCUGCUAGAGAAAGGUGCUGAGGUCAAUGCGCAGGGCGGGCUGAACGGCAACGCUCUCCGUGAUGCCUGUGUAGAAGGCCACAAGGAGGUCGUGCAGCUGCUGCUAGAGAAAGGCGCCGAGGUCGAGGCGCAGGGGGGGGGAGUACGGCAACGCUCCCAGACUGCCUCUGCAGAAGGCCAACGCGCAGGGCAGGUUCCGGAGUCGAUAGCAGGGUCCUGA